AUGAAAUCUCUUGGUGAAAGAGAUUAUGCAGCUCAAGAGACAAUGCAUCAUUUGUUAUCUUUAAAACUCCAUAGCUCAUCCUUUAAAGUGAUGCCAGUUAGUCUAAAUGGUUCACGGAGAGUGCGUGAUACUGCAAGUAUUGACGAGGGUGAAUCAUGCACCGAUUAUUCACUUCUUGAUGUGUAUGCUAAUCGUGAACAGUAUGACAGUUCACAAAAUAUAAUAAAUAUGAACUUUGUUCAAUUUGCUACAACAUACAAAGUUGUUAACAAUGAACUGACAAAAUUGCCAGAGAAUGUUAUACCACGAAUAUUUCCAACAUAUUCUCCUAAUCCCAAAGGUCCAAAUUUUGGCCUAUAUUGUAAAUAUCAACUUUUGAGGUAUAAACCGUGGAGAACAACCCAAAACAAUGCAUGGGGUGACCAAGAACCAACUGACGAGGUUCUGAUCAAUUGUUGGCAUGAAUUUUUACAAACGGCUUAUGGGCAGUCUAAUGUCCCAGACUGGUUUGACAAAUUACAAACUGUCAUUCAAAGUCAAGAAUCAGAAGAUGAACCUUCUGAAGAACAGGAGACAACUCGAGAAGAGUGGAUGAUAUUAUCAGACCUUAAUACUCCUUUUGAAAACUCUCAACAAACACCAGAGUCCACAUAUGACUGGCAUCGUGACAGAGCCAAUUAUUCAGAACAACAAAUCCAAGAAAUGCCAACAUGGAUAAAAACAAACAAAGACGAAUACACUAUUGAUGAGCAAUAUGAUGUUGUUGACAUCAACAGUUUUAGUGAAAUGCAAAAACUUGCUUAUGAUAUUGUUAAGUCUCAUUUUGAUGAUGUAUCAUCCGAAAAAGAGCCAUUAUGUCUCAUUAUAAAUGGUGUUGCAGGAACUGGUAAAAGUUACCUUAUUAAUGCUAUUAGAAAUCUUUUGCAAAGUAAAUGUGCUGUUGCUGCUACCACAGGUAAAGCAGCUUAUAACAUUAGAGGUGUAACUGUGCAUUCUCUAUUAAAGUUACCUAUAGGAGCAAGAGGUAACAAAGACCUAACAGGACAAAGCUUGUGUAGGUUACAAGAGAGUGUUAAUAACAUUGGAUACAUCAUUAUUGAUGAAUACUCUAUGCUUGGCCAAGUUACUUUUGGUUGGAUAGACAAGCGUUGCAAACAAGCAACUGGUUCUAAUGACAAAGUAUUUGGAGGAAAAUCAUUGAUUUUAACUGGUGAUCCAGGUCAAUUGCCACCAGUAGCAGAUAAACCUCUUUACCAUGCUAGACCAUCAAAUGCUGUUGGUGAACAAGGUCAUCAAGCAUAUCAUAUGUUUGACAAAGUUGUUAAACUCACUGUAAAUCAACGUGUGCAAGGUAUGACAUCUGAGCAAGUACAGUUCAGAGAUUUGUUAUUACGACUUCGCAAAGGUGACUCAACAGUUGAUGACUGGAAGUUACUUCUGACACGUCAACCAUCGAAUGUCACUAAUUUAUGUGAUUUUGAAGAUUCUACUAGACUCUUUUAUAGUAAUGAACAAGUUGGUAAUUACAACCAUGAGCAGCUAACAAAACUUGAGCAUCCAAUUGCUCAUAUUAAUGCUCGCCAUUCAUCAGCAUUGGCCAAAAGGAUAUCCUCAGAUGAUAUGUCUGGGUUAGAACCUGUUGUGUUUCUAGCAAAAGGUGCUAGGGUUAUGUUAACUAUGAAUUUGUGGUCAAGUGUUGGCCUCUGCAAUGGGGCUACUGGAACAGUUGUUGAUAUUAUCUAUCAGUACAACCAUCAACCACCUGACUUACCUAUUGCAGUAAUAGUAGAAUUUGAAAACUAUAGAGGGCCUGUUUUUAAUGAAAGCCGACCAUUGUGUAUCCCAAUAUAUCCAAUCACUGUCACAUCACAGACAGAAAUAGGUUUCCAUGAGAGGCAACAGUUACCUCUUAGGCUUGCUUGGGCUCUAACAAUACACAAGAGCCAAGGACUUACACUUCCAAAAGCAUGGAUAGAUAUUGGCAAAUCUGAAAGAACUGCUGGAGUUUCUUAUGUUGCUAUUAGCAGAGUAAAAUCACUUGCAUCUUGUGUCAUUGAACCAAUGACGUAUGAACGAUUAACAAGCUUGAAAUCAUCAGCCAACUUACAAUAUAGGCUUGAAGAAGAAAACAGGCUAGAUCAGUUAGCACAGGCUACUAGCAGUGCAUUCAGAACAACAAACUAUUGA